CGACAGCACUCAGCAGCUCCACCAGGCACCAGCCCAGCACCGAGGUGCCAGGCAAGAACGCCAAUUGGGCAGCUCGUCGCCGUACCAACCAAACCUUUCCUUCCAGCCGCCGCCUCCUCCGUCGAACGCGCCAAACGAAGCACACGCGUGGCCAGGCCAGCCGGCGGCGGCGUCGCCUCGUCGUCCCCCGGGCAGACGACGCGACGAUGGGGCAGAAGCGCGCGGUGCUGGUGGGCAUCAACUACCCGGGCACGGACGGGGAGCUCAAGGGCUGCCUCAACGACGUGUCUCGCAUGCGACGGUGCCUCGUCGAACGCUUCGGGUUCGACGAGGCCGGCAUCCGCGUGCUCGCCGACGCCGACCCGUCCACGCCGCCGCCCACGGGGGCCAACAUCCGGCUGGAGCUCGAGCGGCUCGUGGCGGGCGCGCGCGCCGGGGACACGCUCUUCUUCCACUACAGCGGCCACGGCCUGCAGCUCCCCGCCGAGACCGGGGAGGACGACGACACCGGCUACGACGAGUGCAUCGUGCCCUGCGACCUCAACCUGAUCAAAGACCAAGACUUCACGGAGCUCGUGGCGAAGGUCCCCGACGGCUGCCUCUUCACCAUGGUCUCGGACUCGUGCCACAGCGGCGGCCUGAUCGACAAGACCAAGGAGCAGAUCGGGAACAGCACCAAGCAGAGCAAAGCCCAGCAGCUUCGUGACCGAGACAUGAAGCCCCCUCCCGCCUCCGGGGCCGGGGCCUGCACCUGCACCUCCCUCCUGCGGAUCAUCCAUGGCGCGCUCAAAUCUCUGGGCAUCCACCUCCCCUGCCAUGGACACAAGCAGAGCACCCAAAAUGGCGGCAAGGAGCCGGACGCGAAGGCGGAGGCGGAGCCGCCCGCAGACGCCGCCGGCGUCACCGCCAGCACCAGCCGGUCCCUGCCGCUGCCGACGUUCAUCGAGAUGCUCAGGGACAAAACCGGGAGGCACGACGUCGGCGUGGGGUCGAUCCGGACCACGCUGUUCCACCACUUCGGCCACGACGCCAGCCCCAAGGUCAAGAGGUUCGUGAAGGUCAUGGUCGCCAAGCUCCGGCACGACGGCAAGGAAGUCGAGCAAUCGCACGCUCUCAGGGCGGCCCUGGAGCAGGACGUGCACAGCGUCGAGGAGGUGUACGCCGGGCCGGCUGCUGCUGCGGCGGCCGGCAGGGUGCCCCGGAACGGCGUCCUGGUCAGCGGGUGCCAGACGGACGAGACCUCGGCGGACGCGACGACGCCCGACGGCGUGUCGUACGGCGCGCUGAGCAACGCGAUCCAGGCCGUCCUCGCCGAGGGGAAGCGCGGGGCGGCGGUGACGAACCGGGAGCUGGUGGUCAGGGCGCGGGAGCUGCUGGCCAAGCAGGGGUACACGCAGCAGCCCGGGCUCUACUGCAGCGACGAGCACGCCAAGCUGCCCUUCAUCUGCUGAAACGAACCAACACCUGCGCCGUGUCGAGUGGUGUACUAUAGCUUUGUGCCUUUGUCCACGAAUUCUUCUUCUUCUUUUGUUGUUCUCAGGCUAAUUUAUCGCUUGCGGAGGCUACGUUUGUGUUACAGAAUUGACAUUUCUAUUUGCA